UGCGCUUCAUUUAAAGCCAACUUGCCUGUUUUGAAGAUAAUGUUUUCCAGAUAAACCAGUGUGCAAAAAUUACUUAAAUAAUUGAGACACAUUCGGCUCAUUGGGUUGAUUAGCCAAGUUAUUUGAAUCCCACUGUUAAGGAUCACAUUAGAGGCAUUGAAUGAAUAUUUGAUGUCGACCACCAAUCAUCCUGCCAGAAUUUUCGAUCAAAAUGACCGGUAAUCGAGCUGAAAGCGCUUCAGAAGCAUUCUCGUCGUUGCCAGCACUGGAAUGGCCAACAAUCACAUCGAACUCCUGCGAUACGCCAUAGUUUUAGUGCUAAUUACCGGGCUGGGGUUAUCAUUGUAUGGUAGACAUGGUACGAUCUAUCGCACCGAGGUACCCACAAUCAUUCUGAUCGAUUACGCCGUGCUCUUCCUGCUGGCCGCCUCCAACUUGGCCAGUGCACUAACACUGUGCAGAAAAUCAUCGGUGUCCAAAUUCCAACUGUUCCAUCAGCCCACCAAAUUCGUCACUCGAUCAGCCUACAUGUUCUUUGCUUUCGGCCUGAUGAUUGCAAGUGGUGCCUGCUACUUAUCGGUAGCUGGAUGGGCGUUCUACAAGUAUCACAUCUAUCGAGAUGUCAAUUUCCUGUUCUACUGCGCCUUCAUCUACAAUUUACAUCGACUGGCAGGGAAAUUGUCCAAAGAGUUCCUGGACCUGAACCAGACGCUGGAAACUGUAUGCAACUUUCGGCGAUUCGACGUCUUCGCGAACGCUUUGGAAGUGAGCAGACUGAUGGCGAAAAGACGGGCCUUGAAAACUGUGCGAGAAGUUUCAAGGAGAAUGAACAAGUUGUUGAGUUUCAUUGAGACUCUAAACCGUACGUUUGCUCCCAUGCUAAUAUUGGCUGUGAUGCAUUUGAUUGUUGGCAUGUUGCGAGCCGUAGUGAUUAUGGUACAGUAUGGAAUCAAACAGAAUACACUCAAUGGGAAUAAGGUCACUUAUUGGGUGGCUGUUAUCUAUCCCGGUUGGUUUUUAGCAUACACGUUCACCGUUUGGCUUUUGGCCUCUGCAGGACAAAAAAUUGAAAACCAAAUCUCCAGCACCAAUAAAGUAUGCUUCAACAUUAUAAAUGCUUCAUUAGAUUGGAAUGGUGAGGAGGAUCAGCAAAUCCAUAUGGAGCUUCUGGAGCUGCAUGAUUUAAUCAAAAGCCGACACAUUUCGGUCAAUGCCGCUGGCUGUUUUGAGGUCAAUUUCAACUUGAUCGGACUGACCUAUUCAGCGUUGAUCACCCUGUCUAUUUAUGCUGUAGAAUUUCUGCUCUAUUACUAAAAAUUUGUCUGGUUAAUUGAGUUGGUGCAGGGUAAACUUAUAUGCGUAACCAUUACGGUUUCUAUGGAGGAAUGUGAUCAAAUCGAUAUUUAAGCGUAAUGGAACUUGGAGACUGGCAGGUGCUUUGUUGGCCACCUAAUUUCCCAGAUGUUACCCUCAGUGAGAAUUAUUGAACAUACUCAAGUUCUGCACUGUGGAACCAACUAUGUGGCGCCAUUAAUGCCUUCUUGCAAUUUCCAAUUUUCUGAAUAGGAAGCUGAUUUAUGCAAACUACCUUUUAAUGACCGGAAUUUCAUUGUCUCAAGUUCAGGUGUUCCUCUGAGAAGAGGCUUUCAUCUACAAGGAUCUGAAAUUUAGGGUAUUCCUAAUGAGAUGUGGUUUCCUUAAAACCGAACUUCAGAAGCAUUUAGCAUUAACAUUUUUCUUCGAAUACUAUGCAAUAAUUACAGGAUGUGCAAUUGAAACAGCAAAUGUGUUGAAUUUGGAACCGAUCGAUGGUUCAUGUCGGGUUUGCUUGGCACUUACGUUCUUUGUCCAAUGGUCGGUUUCUUUAAGUAUUUGUCUUGGGCCAGCACAGAGCUUUUCUACAGGAAGUUUUAAGACAAAUUAGACAGCCCCAGGGGGUGAUUUCGCCUUUGGAAAAUUUAGUUGUUUUGUAUGAAACAUUAGACAAAUGGUUUAAGCAAAGCAAAAACUGUUACUGUUGGUGAAAGCACAUGUGGUUUGUUGUACGCUUACUUUUAUUAACUGAUGUUAUCAACUGUAAAAGCCAAUGUAAGUUUGGUUUAUUUAGAAAUUUAUUCAUUGGCGCUUUUUUAAUAAA